AAGAAACAUCGAAAACGACGGCACUGCGGCGAGAGAGAGAGAGAGAGAGAGAGAGAGAGAGAGAGAGAGAGAGAGGAAAUGAAGCUACUAGGGUGGUGGCUGAUGCUUGUGGGCAGUCUCCGAUUAGCUUCGGUGUGGUUCGGAUUCUUCGAUAUAUGGGCUCUUCGCCUCGCCGUUUACUCCAAAGCCACCAUAACUGAAGUUCAUGGCCGCACUUUUGGUGUUUGGACAUUGUUGACUUGUACUCUUUGCUAUCUAUGCGCGUUCAACCUUGAUAACAAGCCUCUAUAUUUGGCCACAUUUCUAUCCUUCAUCUAUGCAUUCGGCCAUUUCCUGUCGGAGUAUCUGAUUUACCACACAAUGGCUAUUGGAAAUCUGACAACUGUUGGCAUUUUUGCUGGAACAUCGAUCAUUUUGAUGUUGUUGCAGUGGAAUUCACACCGACCAGUCAAGGCUAAGCCUCAAUGAGAUAGAGAGCAUUGAUUCUUUCGAUGCUUUGUGUUGGCAAAUUAAAGGUAAUCUAAUUAUUCUUUCACAACCAUUCUGUAGUGAUACUUAUCAGCCUAUCUGUAACAAAUUUUGUGCUGAGCUCGACCUGACUGGUUCAUCUUUUUUGUGUAUCACCUAAUGGUAAUCAGCUACUGAUCUACCAUUUUUUCAUGUAUUUGCAAAGAAUUUAUGAAAAAACUCCAUUUCAGAAUUA